CCCGGCACCUCCGCCACAUAUAAAGGACACCGGGAUCUAUCGCCACGCUCCUCCGCAACAUGUCUCAGACAUCUGAGGCGUCUAUCUCUCCUCUGUUGGAGAAUUGCCUGUUGCCUUUGAGCAAUGAGGAGUAUGAACAGCUUUCCAAAAACCUCACGUCCGGUUGGGAUGAUUGUCUAGACUGGGCACAAUGUGCUCCUUCCGGCCCGAGCAGGUCUCUUCAACAUGAUGCAUUCCCUCUUGAGGGCAGCCCUCGCGAGGCUACUCACGAACUCGCCGGAACCUCCACAAUCGACGCACUCCCCACUUUUGAGCAACUCCAAUCGGUAUUUGUUUGGGAUGGGCCACAGGGUCAACCUCUUGAGGGCGGCUUUUCGUCGGACGAGGGAUUCUAUUGUAACUACUUUGACUGGCAAUCAUGGCCUCCCAUCGAAGAGGCCUCCAUCGCCGUCGCUUCUUGGGCGGAAAUUCUUCCCGCCUAUUUCCCGUCACCCCCUCCCAAAGCUGCACCAAACAACGACACGCCCAAUCCCACCGCAAGUGCCCUACCGCCUGUCAGUCGAACGAAUAAUCCGAACGAAAUCUCGUCACAAUUUAUCUUCCACCCCGUCAUCACGCAGCGCGAGGCUCUCGAUCUACAGUCCCGGUACUGCCUUCUUGCCAACGCUCCCCUCCCCACGCGCAUUCCGACACCUGCACCAACGCCCAUUUCGUCUGCGAUAACGCCCAUUUCGUCUGCCCCAACACCCACUUCGUUCCAUGAUUAUGCUCCUAACCAGCAACCUCCCGCUCUGAUCCCAAGGCCGAGAACCCCAUCCGUCCCAGUCACCGCUCCCUCUGACACCGCAUUCUCUGCCAGUCCCAGUAAGAAAGUCAACCUUCCACACCGUCCCACCGCUUCGAGCUCCCAGUCAAAACCUACUGCGUCGCAGGAGACCGAGGCCUAUAAGGCCCUGCUGGCUCUGGAGCAAAACAGGGCGCGUUUCGAUGUCCAGAAGAACCUCUUCGAGCUCGACGACGACAUCCCGAAGGAGAAGCGCUGUCAGUGGGGUCUUCCGGCAGGAGAGCACCCGCACACGACCCCCACAGACCAUCGCGGCGCCAAGGAGCAUCUGAGAAAGGUGCAUGGGUUGAAGCUGGAAUCCAGCGAGAAAUUGGCGUGCGGAAUCCCUGGCUGUGUGGAUUCUUGCGAUUGGGGGAGUAUAGGAAGGCAUUUGGAGAGAGAAAAGCACUUUCAUUCCGCGAGGGUGCACUGUCGGCUCUGUGGAGCAGGCAAUCAAGUUCGGGGUGGAACGGUCCGGGGGCGAGACCAUAUUAGGACGGCUUGCUCCUGGACAAGGCCAGAAAUCACCCUCGAGAAACUGAGAGAGAGGUUGAUCGAGUCGGGGGUGUUCAAGGGUGAUCUCACCCUCUCCGAAAUGUCAACAUCCCACUCCAUUGCUAGUAGUUCGGCGAGGGGAAACAAACGCAGGAAGCUGUCCGAGGACUAG